AUGGGAAAUUGUGCGAAUACUUUUAAUACAAAUUAAGAUGAAAUUAGUAUAAAAAGAUAUAUAAAAUAAUUAAUCAAAUUUCAAUUAUUUCCAUUAAAAAGGAUUUAACUUAAAAUAAUUUAUUUUUUAUUUUUUUAGCAAACAAAUAAAUCUAGACAAACAAUUUUGUUUUUCACCAUAUAAUAGGAAGAGGAGGAUUCGGAAAGGUUAUUUAUAUCAUUUAAAAAAUAUAAAACAAAGUAUAGAUUGUUUUUUUAGGUAUGGAAAGUCGAACUUAAAAAAACUAAAUAAUUUUAUGCAAUAAAAGAAAUGUCAAAAGCGAAAAUUAUAUCUAAAAAAAGUGUUAACUCAGUUUUAAAUGAAAAACAUUUACUAACAACUUUAUAACAUUCGUAAUUUUUUUGUAUUAUUUAUAUUUUUUAUAUAUUUCAAUAAAUAAGUUUUCUAGUUAAUAUUGUUUCUGCAUUUUAAGAUUCUGAAAAAUUGUAUUUAGUAAUGGAUUUAUUAACAGGAGGCGAUUUGAGAUUCCAUUUAGGAAUAAAACAAAAAUUUAAUGAAGAAUAAACAAAAUUCUUUAUAGCUUGUUUAAUGAUUUCUUUAGAAUAUUUACAUAAUAAUAGUAUAAUACAUAGAGAUAUAAAACCUGAAAAUUUAGUUUUAGAUUAAUAAGGAUAUUUAAGAGUAACAGAUUUAGGAGUUGCAAGAGUAUGGAAACCUGAUAAUUAAUAAGAUACCAGUGGAACACCAGGUUAUAUGGCACCAGAAGUAAUGUGUAGAUAAGCUCAUGGAGUUUCUGUUGAUUAUUACGCUAUGGGUGUAAUUACCUAUGAAUGCAUGUUCGGAAAAAGACCUUAUUUAGGAAGAAGUAGAAAAGAAAUAAGAGAUUAAAUAAUCGCUAGAUAAGUGAAAAUUAAAAAAGAGGAAAUACCACCUGAUUGGUCUUUUGAAUCUGCAGAUUUUGUAAAUAAACUUAUCUAAAGAAAGCCUUUAAAUAGAUUAGGAGUUAAUGGGCCAGAUGAAGUUAAAGAACAUCCUUGGCUAAAAGAUUUUCCUUGGUAAAAAUUAUUAAAUAAAUAAUUAAUUCCUCCUUAUAAACCAAUUUAAACUGAUAAUUAUGAUUAAAAAUAAUCUUUAUUAAAAUAAGAAUCAAAUCCUGAGUUAUUAAAAUAAAAUCAUUUACUUUUACGAAGGAAUUCGAUUUAAGAACUAUUUUCAGCAUAUUAUUUUGAAAAAGAAAUUAAUUCUUAAUUUUAAAAUUCUAGUCUAAUAAAUAAUUCUACUACAUUUUCUGCAAGAAUAACAUAAACAAAUACUAAUGCAAAUUGA